AUUUUCAUCUCCUCUUUAACCUUUCCGUUACUUUUUCAGUUUUUACUACUUCACCACCAUCAUUUGUAGGUGUUGAUUUUAGUCGAUAAUCAAAUGGAUUCUUCAGCUCCAGUUGCUAUUUUGGAUUCAGUUGUGACUAUGGAUGUGGAUCAAUCAACUCCAGCAUCAACCCCUGCUAUUGUGGCUUCUGAUGCUAGCGAACUGCCUCCUCCUACAACCACAAAUGUCGCACAACAGAAUGUUGACGCAACUGCUGCUGAUGACUGACAAUUAUAUGAAGUACUGGGGGUCAUAUGAGGCUAUGAACCCUUUCCUUUUUAUUGUUGUACUGCUUGAUCCUCGCCAAAAGGAAGUUGGAUUGAAUUUCAGGCUUGAGAUCUUGUGCAAGGAUGAUUUGGAAAGGGUUGCUGAGUUGAGGGACUGUGUGAAGAAGGACUUGGAGAGACUUUUCAACGAGUACAAUCUACGUUAUUUAGUUGAUAAUGAAGCAACCAGUAUUGCACAAGACACUGAAAUGGUUGAGGCAGGUGUGGAUUCGUUGGACAUCAUGGAGGCUCUGUUGAAAGGGAGGCUAGAGAAACGCAGAAUGGAAAGUGUUAGUAUCGAAGGAAGGUCUGAGGUGGAAAGGUACUUAGCUGAUGUAUGCGAGAAUGCUACCCCCAGUUUGACUUGUUGGGUUGGUGGAAGAACAAUGCUUCCAAGUAUACAGUUUUGUCCUAUAUCGCAAGGGACAUUCUUGCUAUCCCCGUCUCUUCGGUUGCUUCUGAAUCAGCUUUUAGUACAGGGAAGCGUGUCCUUGACCCAUUUCGGAGCUCUUUAUCUCCUAGGACAGUUCAGGCCCUGAUUCUAACACAGAACUGGUUGCGCACACCUCUGAAUAUUGAUGUAUCAAGCUUUGCAGUUGAUAAUGCUGAAGAGAUUGAGACAGAUAUCCUAGGCCCCGUGACUGCAGAAGAUUGAUAGAGGGAGCUAAUGACAACUAAUGGUAUUUGAUGAAUGGUAUGUUUCUGAUGUUAUGUAAUUGCCUGAAGUAUGGACAAUCAUUCGACUUCAUACUUGUGUAUUUUUCCUCUUGUUGUUUGUUGCAGGUGCUACUUGGAAGAAACUAUGGAAUAAUCUAUCCUAUUGGAGUUUCACUUACACAUUAGCUGAAGAAUACCUGGAGUUUGCAUAUUAGUUGAAGAAUAAAACCUUAGUGAUAUCGUUCGUUCAUUCUUUAUUCAUUCAUUCUUUAUUCUUACA